UUUAAGUACAAUCAAAUAGGAAAUAAAUACUCGAAUCCAUAUCCAGUAAUUUACUCAAAUUAAUGUCGAUGAUCUCUGUCUAUUUAUAGAAUAGACAAAAAUACGAAUCAUUAUGAUGUCAUAGAGGUAAAGUACGUCACACACACAUUCAAGAGUUGAUUUUUCAUUAAUUUUUUCUUCGGCAUUUUGUUCUAUUCUGUUGUGAGAGGCCUUGCCCAGUUUAAUUACUUUGGUUGUAUACGCAAUUAGGGAUUGCAAACCGGUUUCCUUCUGUACGGAAAAACCGAGCUUAAAACUAGUUUUCUCAUAGAUAAUCAUAUCUAUUCGUCAUUUUAUAUAAAUUUGGUAAUCGAAGUAUUUACUUUAAUUGUUUAUCUUAUCGCAGUUCUGUAAACAAAAUCUAAUUCUGUGGUGUAAAUUUAGCGGAACGUUUAUACGAAGCCCAGUUACAUUUCGCGGCUCACACUAAUGAACCGUAGAAAAUAGUUUAUUUCAAAAUGCGGGUGGUCUUAGGAGCGCUAAUUUGGUGUAUUUGUUUGCUAUUGUUCGGUAUUCCGAUAUUCAUAUUAGUGCUGGUGAAACUAGUCGUAACUGCAAUCAGUUGCAGGAGUUCUGAAAAUAUACAGGGUGAAAAACUUGUACCACUGAAGGGAGAUGACGGUGCAUCAGGCAGUCCUCAAUGGGAAAUUCCUUAUAACAUUGGAUUUUGUUUGAGAGUGCAAGGGAACAUUAGUGUCAACGAAUUUCGUAACCAUUUUUCGAGCACGUUUAAUCUCAAUGGUGAAAAAGAUCCUUACGAUAAAUUCUUUUCCUAUUUUGUGAUUCGUGGGGGCUACGUCUUUCGAGCCAUUAUGAGAGACUGCUUAGAUUUAUCUAAGACUAUCGUUGACACUAAACUGGAGGAAGACGAACUAUUGGAGAAUUUUCUAGUUCGAUGGAUGCUUAUCGGGUAUGAAGAGAAGCGAUCGAGAUGGCAGGUAGCAAUAAUUCCUCUCUCGGAAGAUACAACUGCAGUAGCCUUUAAAAUGGAUCAUAAUCUCAUCGACGUGUACUCUUUCAUUCACAUCCUUGACAAACUUACCGGCUCGAAGGCGCCCUAUCUUGUAAAAGACUUUCGAGAGAAUUUUUGCGGCAAGUUUAAGCAGAUCAUUGAAGGUCCAACACAUCUCGGUGCUAUGAAAGGAUUACCUAGAGAGCAGAAUCCCUUCCACUGCAUAUACCCUGUGUCAUCUCCUGAGCGUAAGAAGGAGUGGAUGUUUUCUUUCACCAGCAUUCCAGUUGAUGAUAUGAAAGUGUUAAGGAAAUGGAAUGGAAGUGUCAGAAUGGCUUCUGUAAUUUUUACUAUACUUGUGGGUGCCUUAAGACGAUUUCUAAUUGAAGAGGUGAAAUUUAAAGAGCACGAACUGCCAUUGGAGAUAAAGAUGGGCAAUUCAUUACCGUGGCCAAAGCAUCCGGCAAUGAAUGAAAAUCUUCGUGGACCGGACAGAUUGCAAAAUCAAUGGACAGGCGGUUUCUACACGUUUCCCUUGCGAGAAUCAGAUGCACUGCUUCGUUUGCAGAAAAUAGAACAGAAAUACGUCUCACUGUUCGACAUCGAUAUGGGAGCAGCUAAUAAUCUUGUCACUGGAAUUGGCGCCGAUACUUAUAAUUUAUUGGGUUGUCCCGUUGAACGAGUUCAUCCUCUUUUGGGGAUUCCCGACAAUAUGCCAUAUGUUCCGCUAAGUUGCUUCACAUUUUCCCAUUCCGGGAGAAUGGAAGUGGUGUUGGGUGCCAAUCCACAGAGUAUAUUUCAGAACAAACAGAGAUUAGAUUUAAUUACUCAUAAGCUGAUGCAUGAUGAAUUGAAAGAUCUGUUGUCUUUGACUAAAAUCCAUGUACAAUGAUUUAAGUUAUUUAUCAAAAUAAAAUUUAUUGAAUUCAGUGUUACCAUCA